AGUUGGAGUAAAAAGUAAGCUAAAUCUUUUAAAGAACUUGAAAAUGGACUACAAAAGAAAAAUGUUGAAAAUUGGAGAAAAAUUAAAUAUUUUCGAAAUUAAAGAAAUUAAGUUUCUCCUUUCUUCUGAGAAUUUGGUUCUUAAUAGUAUUAAUAAUGGCGUUGAAAUGAUCAGAGAGUUGCAACGUAUUCGUAAAGUUGGACCUAAUAACUUUGAAUAUUUAAUUGAUCUAUUGAAUAUUUUAGAAAGAACAGAUCUCAUUCAAAUAAUCAAUAGUCAUCCUCAUACUGUUUUUUUCAAAAUGGAUUAUGAAAAAAUGUUUGAAGUUGGAAAAAGAUUAAAUAGCACUGAUGUUGAAGAAAUGAAGUUUAUUUUUUCUGAUUUGAUUGAAGCAUCUGUUCUUGAAAAUGUCACAAAUGGUUGUGAAAUGAUCAGAGAAUUAGAACGUUUUAUUAAAGUUGAUCCUAAAAAAUACGAGGAUUUUAUAGAGUUAAUUAAAUCUAUGGAAAGAAAUGAUCUAAUUGAGAUUCUUAAUAGCCAGAAAAUACAACCUGAUAAACAGUGUGAUUUUUUUCGAAAUCCAUUAUUUCUUACUGAACUUAGUAAAAAAAUUGGAUAUGAUUGGAAAUGUCUUGGGCAUUUUUUAUCACUAAGUGAAAUUGAACUUGAUGCUAUAGACUAUGCUUAUGAUUCUAUAAAUAUGAGAACUUAUGCAAUGCUGUCAAAAUAUAAAAUGUGGAAACCAGAAGACAUUAUUAGAGCAUUAAUUAAUUUAGACAGAAUAGAUUUGGUAAAUGAAAUAGAACAACUUACAAAUAUUUCAUUAGAUGAUAUUUUGGUCAAAACAUCAGAUAUUUCAAUAGAUGAUAUUUCAGACAAAAGUACAGAUAGUUCAUUAGCUGAAGCUGUAAAAUUUUCAGGUGGUAACUUGGAGUGUGAUGGAGCAAAACCACUUGACCAAUUGCAGGAAGUCCUGUGUCUACCUUUAUUGCAUAGUAAAAUAAACAGUUUAUAUAAAAAAGGAACUGAUAAGAUUAGGGUUUUUAAUGCUAAUGAUGCGACUAUAGAUUUAGGUGUCAAAGACCUCAAAGAAGCAAUUCAAGAACUAACAAAAAAUCCAAACGUUUUAAAAGAUGAAAAGAUGGCAGAAAUAUUAUUUAAUUCGUUUAUAUUCAUAGGAGAUAUUUAUACAUCAACUAAUUGUUCAAAGUUUCAGGGAAAUAUUUAUAUUGAUAAAACAGCUAAAAAAUAUGAAGAAGCCAUUAAUGCAUACGAAAAUGGUUUUGAGUACAGCGAAAAUUUGCAUAAUGACUUUGAAUAUGGCCGGUUUUUACAUAAGUUAGUUACUAUAUUAAAUAAACCUGAAGAAUUUGGUUACAAUGCUGUUCUCAGAGACCAAUUAAAGUAUGAUGCAUACUUUUCAAAAUAUAAAUCUUCGAUCCGUGAUUUUUAUGAAGAAGGAAUGAGAUGUCUUCGAAAGUGUGAUUUUAUUAAUGCUGUUUAUUUUUUUGAAAAAGAAAUAAAAAAUCCUAAAACUUUAGCAACUCAAGGAAGCUCUUUUAUUCAUGUUGCAAUGGCAUUGCAAUUUGCGUGCGAGAAAACAAAUGAAAUCUUUCAGAAAGCAGUAAGCUAUUACAACGAAGCUAUUGAUAUUUUUAUCAACAAAGGUGUAACUGAUGUAGCUGGUGAGGUCACUGGCUGCCUCUAUUAUUUAUAUAAACUGUUAUCUAACCCAGCGAGUUACGGAUUUGAUAAAAAUUUAAAAGAUGAGUUUGGAGCUGAAGAAACUAAUUGCCUGAAAGAAAAAUAUAUUAAUGAUAAUGUUUUUCGCCUUUUAAUUCAAGCCAAAAUAUACGCGUGUGAAAAGUUUCCUUGGAUAAGCGACAAAACAGAUUUAGAUACUGAUAAAGUUUUAGAAUAUUGUAAAAGAGCAUUAAACGCAAGUCAUGUUAACCUUAAAAUUAAAACAAAAAUUUAUUUUUUAAUGGCGUACACUUACAGCUCUCUGAUGAUCGUGAAAAAUUUGGACGUCUACCUUAAUGCCAUUAAGAGCUGUCAAAAAGCACUAAAAACUUUUAAAACUGGCCACCACCGUAAAGAUCAAGAGUAUGCAGAAUGUGUUGUGACGCUUUCUAUAACACUUGCUUACUUUCCUAAGAACAAAGGAUUCCAAAAUUUAACUCCAGAUAAUACUAAGCCUCUUAGAGAUCUUUUAGAACGAAUUGAUAUAUCAAAAGAUUAUAAAAUUAAUAAUUUUAAAGAAAUGAUGGAUUAUCAAUAUCUUCAUUUUCAUGUUUCUGACCCCUCGAUACAGAAAAGAAUAAAUGCUCUUUACAAUGUAGAAAUAGUUCUCAAAAAUGAACCUAAAUGUAAAGACUAUAAAAAUAGUUUUUUAGAAGAGAAAGAAAUUGUUGUAUCAACAGCAGCUAAAUUAAAGGAGAUUGAAAAAAGUCACCAUUUGUAUUAUUAUUAUUCUGCCUUUCAGAAAACCUUUAGCAAAAGUUUUAUUUCGGCUAAUUGUGUGAGCAGUGGUCUACUUGCUUUACAUACAGAAACCGGAAUUUUAAAAACAACUUCGUUUGUAAUUAAUUUAAUUCCUUUCUUUGGUAAUUUCUUCGCAACUUCUUUGAAUGAACUAGUUCAAUAUUUAAAAUCCGUUGAAAUGGAAAAUUCUGCUAAACAUUUAUUAAGUCUUGCUUCUCACGUCGGUGAAUUUGAGACAAUGGUACAAGAUAUAAUUGUCGAAAUAAUUUUCGAUAAUAAGGAAAAGUUUCUAUUAAAAUCAUUUGAUCUAAAAGCGAAAGCAUGGUACGAAAAGGUUAAUAACUUUUGUAAAAAUGUGCUUGAAAAUACUGACGAAGCAAUUUAUGUCCAAGAAUUUCCACAUGAUAUGCAUAAAUUGGGACAUAGAGACGCUGUAAAAGUAAUAAAAAAAUGGAUUUCAAAUGGAAAUAUAUUUAAUGGAAAACGUGGCGCUGAACUGCUACCAAUUGAGAAAAAAAAACUUUUAAAAGAUGCCGUAUGCAAUGAAGCCAUAAAUUGUCAACAAUCGAAACAAUUCUGCUAGGAAGUUUUAUGUCACUACAAUAUUUUUUUACAUCUUUCCAAAAUAUAGCUUUUCAUAGCUUUAAAUAUAUUUUGAAAGUUUAGUAUAACUUAAGUAGACAUUUAACAUGACAAACUUACAAUGGUCAUGACUAUGUUUGUUAAAAUAAGUUUAAUUGAUUUGCUCUCGCAUCCUACAAUUUGUUUAAACCUUUUUUUUUACAAUUUUUGUAUUCAAUUUGUUAAGUAUGUUGUUUUUUUAGUAAAUCACUUCUGUGAUUUACUAAAAAACAAAGUCACAACAUAUACUUGUUUUAUAGUUUUCUUUUUUGAAUGUUAAGCGUUUUUUACGCAAUAAAUUCUUUUGAAAUGUUACUUUAUUUUUAUAUGACUUUCUAUGUUUCUAUAUGCCUUUCUA